AUUUUAGGUAUUCAUCACUCUUAAGACAGCAAGUCUUGCUUCCCUGGGUUUUACUUUCAUCUGAAGAUUGGCUAAAUGCAGAACCUGAUGGAUGGCAAAAGCUACUGUAACCUCAUCUGUGCUGAGGCUCAGCACAUACAGCUGGCAAGGCCUUUCUGUGCAGACCCCCUGGUCACGUUUCACGUGUACCCAGAAACACCAAACCAGGUCCCUUUGUCCGAAGAUCUGUCAUUCCUUCCGUUCGUGUCGGAGCAUCUCAUCACCGAGACCUUCUACACUGAGCCCUGCCCCUUUCCCUACCAAAUGCCCUAUUCCAAUCACAGCCUAGUCCUGCAGGCAGCAGCUUUUCCAAGUAUGGCUCGUUUGGAAGGGUCCCUGCCCAGGGGUCACAGGUACUGCAGUGUGAGGCCAGCUUUGGGCAAGUUUUCAUGUCCCACAGUUAACCCCUGCUGCAGGAGCUCUUUUGUUGUGUAUCCUGCCUGGAUUGCUGAGCCCCUCACACCCCAGAGGUGCCAGUGGAACAGCCCCUGCCUUCCCUCCCCUGGCCCAGCACGGAAGAGACUGGGGGAGUCAGGGGGCACAGACAGCAACGUGCCUGUGCUGGCUAGAGGGGAGCAAGAUGGGUUUUAUUACCAUGGUACAGUAAAAGAGGAGGUAGAGAGUGAAAGAGGCGUGUUCCUGGUAGAGUUUGCCAAACCAUUUGUGUCACGGGGAAGGCAUCCAGCGUGUGUGCAAAAAACAGCAAAGGAUGACAUCUUGGAAUAUGUGAAUGGGAUGAAGCACUCCUUGCUCCCUGGAGACAGAGUGCUGGCACCCUGGGAGCCAGAUGGGGCCAGGUAUGGCCCAGGAACUGUCCUCAGAGGCAUAGAGACAAGGGAUCCCUUACGAGCCUCAGAGGAUGAAGAAAUUAUGGUCCAAUUCUGGAAUGACAAGCAAGUGAAGCUCUCCCGUGGUGUGGCUCUGUGGAUCCCUCCUAGCCUGUGGGAGAGGAUUGUGGAGAUGAUCCACAUGCCCUUCACCAGCAGGCUGAAGCCCAGCCCAAGCCAGGACACUAACUCUUGCAUUUUUCCCUGCAGUCCUAAGCCAGCCCUGAUUCCUGUUUGUGCUGGGUGUAGCCUUGCCGAGCACUGCUUGCUCUGCUAUCCCUGCAGGCCACAUUUCCACCACUGCUGUGCUGGUGCUCUCUGCUGUCCAUCAGCCUGGGGAAGGUGCAUCUGCUGCUGCCAUGCCUGUGCUGGUGCCUGGUGGCCUCUUCCCUCCAGGCCUCUAGUCUUUCAGGAGAAAGCUGAAGAGGCAGAGUCCAGCAGCAAGCUCUUUCCAGGCCUUCUAGAACUGAAAGGCACAGAACAAGCAGAAGCUGCAGCUGUGGCAACGUCCUCUCCCUCUUCUGAUUCAGAGUGGGACCUGAAGCCAUCCCCCACUAAGAGUACUGUGGGGGACAGUGCUGUUAAUGCAGGCUCCAACUGUCUUGAAAAGCCCAGGCUAAAGAAUUCUGCAAGACCUGAGGGGAAAUACUGGGAAAGAAGGAAGCACAAGUCCCUUUCCAGUAAUUCAGGACCUGGAAGUUGUAGCAGCACAUGUACAAAGGGCCAGCAGGAACCCAAAGCCAUCUCCACUGGGGACAUGUCCAGUGUGGCCCCAGCUCAGCAAAGUGCAAUGUUUGAAAACAUCAGGUAGACUCCCAGAGGGCAACUCACACUGAGAGAAAUCCAAAGAGACCAAGAUUUCAAGCCAUCAUUGAGGAAAUGACUGAAGCAGUACUGUCUUGACUGAUGCAUAAAUGUGGAAGUCCUCCACUGCUUGUUCCGACUUUAAGACUCUUAACAAGGCACAAGAUAGACCCAAAGAAUAAUGUAGGUUGGAAAACACCCUUAGUUAGAAUCAUAGAGUCCAACUGUAACCUUAGCACUGCCAAGUUACUGAUAAGGAUGAGUCUCGCUACACUUUGUUUCAUGUAAGGUAAAACUCUAUUCUGCCCCAGUUGUUUUAGGAUUAACUGGUUAUUGUGUAUGUAGUGCUUUGAAAUUAUAAAGGAGUUGCUUAAGAGCUGAUCACUUGGUGUGCUGAAGUACUGUUUUCUCUAAUUUAAUUGCAGCCUUAGGCUCUGCAUUAGCCCUGCAGGCAGCGAGCCCCCUGCUGUGUUAGGAUAACAGAUCCCGAGGGGCACAAACUGCAGUGCAAUUCUCAGAGUUCAGUGCAGUAGCUGGGCUGCAGGGCUGUGCUCACAAGGAUGGGCUGGCAGAGGCUGGCUCCAGUGUGCCCACCAGCAGAGCAGUGACACCUGCCAGCCAGAGCAGCGUGGGAGCAGUGGAGCUGUGCAUCUCUAUACCUUUCCAUUUCUACUCAUCACAAACAACUGAGCCCAUGCUCCUUACCCAGCUGCAGCAUCCCAAACCCAGUUUGGCCUGGUUUUGCCUGGCAUAGAGCAAGUUUUCCUCCUAGUAGUUGGCACAGUGCUGUGUUUUGGAUUUAGUAGGAGUGUAGUGUUGAUAACAAACGAUGCUUUGGUUAUUGCUGAGUAGUGCUCACCCUGAAUCAAGGACUUUUCUCAUGCUCUGCCAAUGGGGAGGUGCACAAAAACCUGGGAGGGGGCACAGCUGUGACAGCUGACCCAAACUAUCCAAAAGGAAAUUCUAUACCACAGAAUGUCAUGUAUAUAAACAGGGAGAGUUGUCUGAGGGGCUGACUGCUGUCUGGGGACUGGGCACUGGUAAGCGAGUGGUGAGCAACUAUAUUGUGCAUUAGUUACUCUUCUUGGGUUUUAUUUAUCUCUCCCUUUUUCAUCACAAUUAUUACUGUUAUUAUCAUUGGUAUGAUCAUAUUUUACUUUGUAUCAAUUAAUAAACUGUUUUAUCUCAACCCACGAGUUUUAUUUUCUCCAGAUUCUCCUCCCCUCCUGCCAGGGGAGGUGGGCAGGGAGGGAGUGAGCUCUGUGGUACUUAAUUGUUGGUGGGGUUAAAUCACAGCAGCAACACUGGGGGGAAGCGGGGGGUUCACUCUAAAUUCAAAACAAACACAGGACA